GAAGAAACAACACUACUUACAUCUUGGAGUACAUUGUUGAAGUGCAGCAUCCUAAAGUAAUUUGUAAAAAUUCAGUUUUAAAUGCAGCAAUUUACAUUUUAGAAGAAACAACACUACUUACGUCUUGGAGUACAUCUUUGCUUCCCCCCUGUGAUGUCCCCAGAGAGAACCGGUUUAACGAGCAGCUGGAUGAGAACAGAGACGCUCUGGACCGCCUUGAGAACGACGUCAGGAAUCUGGGAGGGGACUUGUCCGAGAUCAACAACAUGGUGUGUGGUGGCCAGGGUGACCCCUGCUCUAGUCUGUGUGGGGGCGGCGGCUGCGGUAUGUGCGGGGGCACUGGAUGUAACGGAGCGGUCACCAUCGCACAGACCGCCUUCUCCCUGGCACAGCGGGCUGAGGACCUGCUUAAGGCCAAGACGGCCAAUGCCACUGACGUUCUGAUCCCCAGGAUCCAAGAAGCCAAACGUGACGCUAUGGGAGCCAAGGCUGAUGCCCAGUCUGCAUUUGAUGAAGCUUCCAAGGCCAAGAACAUGACGGAGAGCACCAAGGCUGACCUGAAGGCUCUCCUCACCAACAUCAGGGACUUCUUGAUUGGCAACGAAACUGCCACACCAGAAGAUAUUGAGAAGAUUGCAGAAGAGGUCUUGAACAUGCAGAUCCCCAUGAAUCCCGACAAGAUCCGAGAGCUUGCAGAGAAAAUCAACAGAGCCGUUGAGUCUCUGACAGACAUUGACAAGAUUCUGGCGGACACAAAGGGCAGCAGGGACAUUGCAGAAGAGCUGAAGAGACAAGCUGAGAGUGCUUCAGCGGAUGCUCAGGACAUUCGCAACACAGCCCAGGAUGUGAGGGAUGCCCUGGACGAGGCCAAGAGAGUUCAGGCCAGCGCUGCUAAAGCCAUAGAGAUGGCCACCCAGGAUAUUCAGGAUGCUGAGGAUGAUUUCAACACU